UGUAUAAUUUUUGAGUGAGUCUUGCAAGCGAUUAGGAGGAGGUAGGGGAGAAUUAAAGGUGCACGCAAUCUACAUAAAUGUUUGGUUGUUUUGAAGAAACCCAAGGCUUUUUUGAAUGAUUUUUGGUAAAGAAAGGAUGGUUUUUGAUGGUGGGAAAAUAAGCGCAAAACCCCCCAUCAAAUGCGAUUUUUAUUUGUUUUUAUUUACAUAUGUAUAUUCCUUGUAAAGUUGAAACAUAAAAUAAAAAAAAUUCGGAAAUUUUCUUCUUUAAAAAUUUAUUUUCUCUCAACUUUAAAUCAAAAUUGAUAGAUUUUUUCAUGUAUUUUACUUCAUAUAAUUAUUUAUUUCUGUUAAAUGAUUUUUGGAUCUGUAUUAAAUAUAACAACUAUUUUGUCUCUAUCAUGUCUUCAAACUCCUGAUCAGUGUGAAGAUGAAUCUACUUCACAUCCUCCACCAAUCAUUCAAUAUGGUCAUCAAAAUCAAACUUUAAUGCUUAACGAUAUGGCAAUACUUCCCUGUCAGGCAACUGGACGUUUACCUGUUGUAAUUAAUUGGAUGAAAGAUGAUAUGCCUUUAAAUCUAAAUUCGAGUGAUUACAAAAAUCGUUAUCGACAACAAUCGAUGGGGACAUUACAAAUAUCUGACUUGAAGAAGGAAGACAGUGGAAUCUUUACAUGUAAAGCAUCAAAUGAAGAUGGAGAAACUACUUGGACAUCAUCUCUUGUAGUUGAAGAACAUACAAAUCGAAAUACAAAUUUUCAAAGAAUGCCUGAUGCUACAGUUCUUCCUUCUUCUCCAGGAAAGCCAAAUUUGUUAAAUAUUUCUGAUGAUGGAAUUGUUGAAUUGGAAUGGACAGCUCCUGAACGACAAGGGGCUUCGCCUAUUGUUGGAUAUAUAAUUCAAUAUUGGAGUCCUGAGAUGGGAGAGUCUUGGCAAAAUAUAAUGGAUGUUGUAACCACCACUCGUUUUCGUAUCAAAAACCUUCGACCUGGGCGUUCCUACAUUUUCUUGAUUAGAGCAGAAAAUUCAAAAGGAAUAGGAUUACCAUCACAGCCAAGUUCUCUUGUAACAAUUUCUACACCUAUUGGAUAUAGAGAACCUGAGGAAGGUAGUGAAACCUCUUCUCAAUUUGGAAGAAUGUUGGAUAUGGAAACUGCUAGACAAAAACUUUCUUCUGAACAAUUGGUUAAAUUAGUAGAAGUUAGACCUUUAAAUUCUUCAGCGAUGCUUUUAAGCUGGAAAAGGCAGAAAAAGGAACCUCUAGUCCAAGGUUAUUAUAUUAAAUGGCGUGGACCUCCUUUACCUCACGACCACAGUUGGGUGAAUGUAACCGAUCCUGAAAUUGAACACAUAAUCAUUAAUGGAUUGAGGCCUUUUAACAAUUAUGAAUUUUUUGUGAUACCUUAUCGUUAUCAAAUACAAGGAAUGCCUUCAAAUUCACUUGAUGGGACAACAAUGGAAGCUACCCCAACAAUGCCCCCUUCUGAUGUUCGUCUUCGUAUGUUAAAUAUAAGUUCUUUACGAAUAUCCUGGCGUCCACCACCAACAGAUCAUAUCAACGGAAUUUUAAAAGGAUUUUUAAUAAAUAUAAAAAGUAACCAUUCCUCUGUUGAAGAUCGUAAUAUAACAACAAAUGAAAGAGCAACAAGCGUUACUUUGUAUCGUUUAAUUCCAAAUGCUAGUUAUGCAAUUCGUGUUGCGGCAAGAACAAAUGCUGGAGUUGGAAUAUUUUUUGACGAAGAGCCUGUUGUUAUGAGUAAGUUUGUCUUUUUUUUUGAUAGAUUUUUAUGGAGGGAGAUGAGAUAUCAAAAAAAAAUUUAUUUUUUGGGAUAA